AGGGUGGACAAAUAUCAAGUCGCACUCCAGGAGUUGAUAUAAAUGUUGUAGGUUCACUGGAUGGAACCAGCAUAUAUGAUGUUGAUUUAGAUUCGGUAGAAGAUAAACCUUGGAGAAAGCCAGGGGCUGAUAUAACGGAUUAUUUCAAUUACGGCUUUAAUGAAUAUACAUGGAAAGCUUAUUGUGCGAAACAAAAGCAAAUGCGAGAGGAUCAACAUUCGAGAAAGAAAAUUCAUGUAUAUGAAUCUAAACAAGAAAUAAACAAUUUGCCGCCAGAAUUACAAUCCAUUAGCCAACCGCAAUCUGGGCUUGAUCAUCCGAGGUUCCAACAACAACGAGGACGAGGGCGCCGCGGGAGGGAUCAAGACGAUUCUGUAAUUCAAGUUGUAUCUAGUGAAAGAGAAGCUGCUUUAGAAGAAUUAGAACCAAUUCCACCACCAACAAUGGAUCAAAAUGAAGAUUACGGUAUGGAUGCCAAUGGUUACCCACAUGAUUUUCAAGGUCCGCCUAUGGGAAUGAGAAUGUUUCCGCCAACGGAUAUGCAAAUGGGACCACCACCAUUUUUCAUGGGAAGUCCAGAAAUGCCACCAACUGGUCCAAUGGGAUUUGAUCCAACGUAUCAAGGUGGUCAGCCAAUGCGCAAUAUGAUGCGUCCUACAGGAAUGCCUGGAGGGAUGCCCGGUAUUGGAACACGUAUGCCACCAACAAUGCCAGGAGGCAUGUCCGGUGGUAUGCCUGGCGGAAUGCCCGGCAUGCCACGAGGAAUGCCCGGAGGAAUGGUUGGCCGUGGACGGGGGAUGACAAUGGAUGAAAG